GGUGUAUCUUUAUAAAUCAAAGACAAAUUAAAUAAAACAUUAAACGCUCCUCAAACCUCAGCGGCUUACUGUAAACCUGCGCUCCAGUGCGUUAUCAGCUUUUCCCCGCAGUCCGUCAUAAACGGGAAUAGCCGUUAAAAGCUGUGCUAAAAAACUAGUCUGAAUUGCAAUAUAUCAGUAUUCAUUCUCAGAAAAAAAUGAUUUUGUUCUGCGUAUACUAGAAUAACCUUUAGAGUUACCCAUUUAUUUAUAUUUUUACCAUGGAAACCAGCUCAAAACGAGCCAACAGGCCUGCUGAGUCCCCGGGUUUUCCUCCAUGCGAAGCCGAAUCCAGUGACAGCUGCCUGGGAAGGGAGAGGAUUGAUUUCCCGGUUGCUGUGGUUCUGCCUGCAGGCGGCUCCGGCGAAAGGAUGGGACUGCCAAUCCCAAAACAGUUUUGCACAUUUCUAGACAGACCGCUAAUAAGCUACACAAUUCAAGCUUUCGAGAGAGUUCCUUGGAUUGAAAAUAUAAUUGUUGUGGUGGCGGCAGAACACCUGGAUUUGCUGAAGAGCAUUAUUCACAAACACUGUCACAAGAAAACAAAGUUGGUUGCUGGUGGACCAACUAGACACAGAUCCAUUUUCAACGGGCUUCAGGUGUUUGUGGAAAAUGGAUGCGAUUCACAGCUGCCCAGACCAGAGGUUGUCAUCAUUCACGAUGCAGUUAGGCCUUUUGUGGAAGAAGAGUUUCUUCUGAAGAUCGCAACUGCUGCCAAACAGAAUGGGGCCGCAGGAGCUAUAAGACCCCUCGUUUCCACUGUGAUCGCUACAACCCCAGAAAGCUAUCUGGACCAUUCUCUGGACCGGGCCAGAUACAGAGCCAGUGAGAUGCCACAGGGCUUCUUAUUUGAUACCAUAUAUCAGGCUUAUCAGCAGUGCAGUGACUAUGACUUUGAGUAUGGGACAGAAUGCUUACAUCUUGUACUGCAGUAUUCUGGCAUUAACGCUAAGCUCAUCGAAGGACCAUCCAGUCUGUGGAAGGUAACCUACAAACGGGAUCUAUUUGCAGCUGAAUCAAUAAUUAAGGAAAAUCUUUCCCAGAAAGCUUGUGUUAUCACAGGUGUCCAUGAAGAGGCAAUCCAUCUGGGUCACUGCCUUGAGAAGAUUUUGGUUGCAGGAGGAAUGAAGGUGGAUAUCAUAUCUACUUCAUGUGGAGAUGAUGGAUCCUUUGCUAAGAAUGUUUCAGAGAGCUACAAUUUGAUACACAUCACAGUCAGCACUGCGUGUUUUCCUGAGAUUAAGCACACAGUAGAAACAGUUAGGAAGACAGAUCUUCCGGUUCUCGGCCCUGUAGUGUUGAUUGUGGUGCAUUUGAACUUGUCAGAAUGUACAUCUUUCAGCAAGAGAAUGGAUGAGCUCGUCACCAUCAGGGGCUUUGCAAAGGAAGCAAAACAGUGGAAUAUUUUAGUUUAUGGUCUCCUGCUUAAUUACACAAAGGACAAACAAAAAUGGAAUGAAGCUCUGGAAAGUUUUUCUUGUGUUGCUGGCACCCUCAUCAAGGACAGAAAAGCAGCCUUGACUGGACAGCUGUUUGUUGUAUAAAUGUGUGAGACACUCUUUUACGUUCGUGCUCAGAUGUCUGUAGCUUUGGAAAAAUCUUGACGCUCAGUGUUUUUCCUUAAUUUUGUACUCCUCCGUGAGGGUCUGAGAACAGAACUCCUUUCCCCAGGGGAAUGUGUGAGAACAGGAAUGGGUGGGAAUCUUUAGAAGUGGGUACUGUAUAGAGAAAGCAGGCUCUAUAGGGAACUUAUAUAUAAGGAAAACCGCAUGACAAGUGAAUAAAUCUCAACACGUGAAGAAGUGGUACGAGCAA